AUGUUCUUCUUCCUGCUCAACCUGGCCCUCAGUGACCUGGGCUCCAUCUGCACCACUGUCCCCAAAGCCAUGCACAAUUCCCUCUGGCACACCAGGAACAUCUCCUACACAGCAUGUGCUGCACAGCUCUUUUUCUUUGGAUAUUUCACUUCAGCAGAGUUUUAUCUCCUGACCAUCAUGUGCUACAACCGCUACGUGUCCAUCUGCAAACCUCUGCACUACGGGAGCCUCCUGGGCAGCAGAGCUUGUGCCCACAUGGCAGCAGCUGCCUGGGCCAGUGCCUUUCUCAAUGCUCUCAUGCACACAGCCAAUACAUUUUCUCUGCCCCUGUGCCAUGGAAAUGCCCUGGGCCAGUUCUUCUGUGAGGUGCCCCAAAUCCUCAAGCUCUCCUGCUCCAAAUCCUACCUCAGGGAACUUGCACUUCUUGUGUUUUCCAUCUGUUUGGGAUUUGGCGGUUUUGUGUUCAUUGUUUUCUCCUAUGUGCAGAUCUUCCGGGCUGUGCUGAGGAUCCCCUCUGAGCAGGGACGGCACAAAGCCUUUUCCACCUGCCUCCCACACUUGGCUGUGAUCACCCUGUUCAUGACCACUCUUAUGUUUGCCCACCUGAAGCCUCCCUCCAUGUCCUACCCAUCCCGGGAUCUGGCCCUGUCAGUUCUGUAUUCGGUGGUGCCUCCAGUCCUAAACCCCCUCAUCUACAGCCUGAGGAACCAGGAGCUCAAGGCUGCAGUGUGGAGACUGAUGACUGGAGGCUUUAAGGAGUAUUAA